AUGAUUUAUUACAACAAAGCGCUUGAGUACUUUGAAGGUGCUCUUGGUUAUGGAUACAUGCUUGGACCCAACACAUGGACGUUGGUGGGUCUCGGCGCACGUAUGGCUAUUGGACUGGGCAUGCAUACCUCGGCAGCCUACGAGGGCUUACCGGCCGACGUGUCUGAAAAGCGGAAGAGACUUUUCUUUUCCGUUUAUAUGAUGGACCGCGUAGUCUCCAUAGCUUUAGGUCGCCCCUUUGCCAUCAAUGAAGAUGACAUUGAUGUGACGUCCUUCGCAGCGACGGAUGAUGGCAACAUUACUGCGGAACACAACCUUCCCGGGGACUCAUUAAAGACUUCAAUGAUGGCCGUUCCCCUCCAUAUCCUCGAACUGCGUCGAAUCGCCAGCAACAUCACGACUUCAGUCUAUUCGUACCGUAAAUCUGCUGGUCUAAGUGUCGAACAGCGUGAGGAGAUAACAGAUUCGCUGCACCAGAGACUUCUUGACUGGCGACGCAACAUGCCUUUUCCCCUUCCGAAUACCGACGCUGCAGUGCCACACCUCAGCAGCACCUGGUACGAUUUCAACUAUUAUCUACACCUUGCUAUGUUAUACAGACCAUCUCCAUUGUUCCCGACUCUGACACAAGCUCGUGUCAAGAUACUGGCAGAAGCGGCAUCCAUGUCGAUUCGGCAAGUAUUCAACAUGCACCGACAAGAGUGUCUCGCCUACAACUGGCUGAACCUCCUUUCGAUAUUUACUGCGACGCUAUCUCUCAUUUACGCCACGACUGUCCAGCCUGAUAACCUUCCCUCCUUUUUGAAGGACAAGAGAGCAGUGGCCGACCUUGAAUUGACCAUUCAGCUAUUCCACAAAUUGAGCGUCAAGUUCCCUGUGGCUGGCAAGAUACGUCGGAUGGUUGAACAGAUAUCUACAAGGUACAAGGAAAUAAUUGUAGAUGACGAGACAUGA